AUGGAGGUCUUCGAAGCCUCAACGCCCCACAUUCCGGGAGGCCAGCUCCUGGGCACCGCGGCUCUACAAGACUUGAGCCUCCAACUCUUCACGGAGACCUUGGCGCUUCUGACGCCGGGCGCCUUGCUGGGCGCGGGGGACAGCAUGGCGCGCCUGGUUCCGCAGCUUUGCAGCCUAGAGGAAGGGCGCCGACACAUGGAGAGCCUGAUGUUGCAGUUGCAAUGGUGGCCGCAGUACGUCCAGCUGGUGCCGCUGGGCUUCAAGGCGCACUUCGCAGCCAAGCAGCUGAAGGUGAACUCUGACCCAAACCCCAGGGACCCGGUGCAGCUGGAGGUGCAGCGGGAGCAGCUGCUGGAAAGUCUUUGCGCUGGCCUCAUCGAAUGUACCGACUCCUUGCGCUGGGGCAUCGAUGUGAGCUUCACAGAGGACGAGGAGGAGAGCGGGGACGACAAGGAAAGCCCCAGCUGCCAGCGCCAAGAGUUCUUCCGCUUGGCCGCGGCCGAGUUCAUGUCGCCGGAGCUGGGCUUGUUUGCCUCGAAAGAUGGCGGCCGCUCCUUCCACGUGCUGCCCUGUGAUGAAUCUCGCUUAGCCCAGCUGGAGCUUUGUGGCAAGCUGAUCGGCCUGGCGCUGCUGCACCAGGACCAGGUCCCCAUGCGCCUCUCGCGGCCCUUGCGCCGGCGCCUGCUGAAGGCCCCUCUGCGGCCUGAGGAUAUUGCCUCGGUGGACCCAGAGUUCUACCAGAAGCGAGUUCUCUAUUUGCUUGAGAGCCAGUACCAGCAGGAAGAGGAGCCAAAGCAGCUCGCAGACUUGGGCUUGUACUUCGUCGACGAGGCAGAGGCCGGACAGAAGCUGGAGCUGUGCAUGGGGGGCGCGGAGCGCCCAGUCACGGAGGAGAACAAGAUGCAGUACCUGGAUCUGCUGUGCCAUCAUCGCUUGCUGGAUUCCGUGCAGCCGCAAGUGGCCGCACUGGAGCGGGGCAUGGCAGCUCUGGUCCCGGCGGAAGUGCAGGAGCGCCUGCAGCGCGUGCUGUCGCCCACUGAGCUGGGUCUCCUGCUUUGCGGCGUCAAUGAGCUGAACGUCGAGGAGUGGAAGGCGAGCAGCCGCACUGCGCCGGGCACCUCCCCGGAGAUCUGGGAGACCUUCUGGCGCGCCGUGGAGGCCAUGACUUCGGAGCAGCAGAACGCCUUGUUGGAAUACGCCACCGGCAGCUGCCAUCUACCCGAAGGGCUGCGCUUCACGCUGGCGCCCUCGGAGGGCCUGGUGCCGGAAGCCGUGCCUUGCUUCCAGACCCUCAAGCUGCCGUCCUACGCCUCGGUGGAAGACAUGCGCUCGGCCCUGCUGGGCGCCUGCGACCGUUGA